CGCCCUGCGACGGGCCUCCCGCUUCUCUCGGGCCCCAGGCACCCACGGAGGCACUGCAGCUUCGGGGCGUUCUGUGAGUGAAGGCCGCUGUAGACAAGCAGAGGCUACAGCCCCAGACCCCCGGGCCUGAGGGAGCCCCCGGAGGACCAUGAAUGAGGCGAAGGAAUCGCUGCGGAGCAUCGAGCAGAAGUACAAGCUGUUCCAGCAGCAGCAGUUCACCUUCGUGGCGGCGCUGGAGCACUGCCGGGAGAACGCCCACGACAAGAUCAAGCCCAUCACCAGCAUCGAGCAGGUGCAGAGCUACACGGAGCACUACUGCACCAACUCCACAGACCGCCGCAUCCUGCUCAUGUUCCUGGACAUCUGCACGGAGCUGAGCAGGCUCUGCCAGCGCUUCGAGACCCUGCACCCAGGCACCCCGAUCACCAAUAGCUUCCUGGACAAAUGCAAGACCUUCGUGAGCCAAAGCAAUGACCUGAGCAGCCUGAGAGCCAAGUACCCCCAUGACGUGGUGAACCACCUGAGCUGUGACGAGGCCAGGAACCACUACGGGGGCGUGCACGCCACCCGCCACCCCUGGCCUACGCAGCGGCUCCGUCUUUCUCGACAGCAACACCAGGAACCCGUGCUGCUGCCAACGGGCCGCCUGGGCGUGGAGCUGUGGCUGCUGCCCCGCUGUCAGUGA